AUUGGGAACGGGCUGGGUGAAACGGCCCGGGAGGCGCGACUCUUGCUGGAGAAGGCUGCUUCGUGUGACGGCGAGGGUCGGUGCGGGCUCUUGACGCUGCGGAGCCGGCGGGUUCCAGGACAGAAGUCGCUGGAGCCAUCCCUGGGCGCCGGGCAGCUGAGAAGCCCGAGGCGGCCUCUGCUACCGCUCGGCUUCGCCCACCUCGACCCCAGGGCUUUGCCCAGUGUUCCCGGGCUUGCUCUUCCUGUGAGGCGGCCCGGUGCAGGCGGGCGGUGGCGGAGGAUGCUGCGGGGCCCGGAGCCGAGAGGAAGGUCCUGACCCAGCCCUCUGAUUGCUCCUCGAGGUCUUCCGAGAGGCCCUUCCUCGGCCCCAAAGCCGACAGCGGGUAAAGGCUUCACGAGCAGGCGAGAGCAGCAGACGCCGCCCAUCCCCGGACCCAACACCAUGUCGUCCGCCAGGUUUGAUUCUGCAGACCGCUCUGCCUGGUACAUGGGGCCAGUGUCUCGCCAGGAGGCUCAGACCCGUCUCCAGGGCCAGCGCCAUGGCAUGUUCCUAGUCCGGGACUCCUCUACCUGCCCCGGGGACUAUGUACUGUCCGUGUCCGAGAACUCGCGUGUCUCGCACUACAUCAUCAACUCCCUGCCCAACCGCCGCUUUAAGAUCGGGGACCAGGAGUUUGAUCAUUUGCCGGCCUUGCUGGAGUUCUACAAGAUCCACUACCUGGAUACGACCACCUUAAUCGAACCAGCGCCCAGGUAUCCAAGCCCACCAAUGGGUUCUGUCUCAGCACCCAACUUGUCUGCAGCAGAAGAAAAUGUGGAAUAUGUACGGACUCUGUAUGAUUUUCCUGGGAAUGAUGCUGAAGACCUGCCCUUUAAAAAGGGGGAGAUUCUAGUGAUAAUAGAGAAGCCCGAAGAACAGUGGUGGAGUGCCCGGAACAAGGAUGGCCGGGUUGGGAUGAUUCCUGUUCCUUAUGUUGAAAAGCUUGUGAGGUCUUCGCCACAUGGAAAGCAUGGAAAUAGGAAUUCUAAUAGUUACGGCAUCCCAGAACCUGCUCACGCAUAUGCUCAACCUCAGACCACAACUCCUCUACCUACAGUUGCCAGUACUCCUGGGGCAUCGAUCAACCCUUUGCCAUCCACACAGAAUGGACCUGUCUUUGCAAAAGCAAUCCAGAAGAGAGUACCUUGUGCUUAUGACAAGACUGCCUUGGCAUUGGAGGUUGGUGACAUUGUGAAAGUCACAAGGAUGAAUAUAAAUGGCCAGUGGGAAGGCGAGGUGAAUGGGCGCAAAGGGCUUUUCCCUUUCACACAUGUUAAAAUCUUUGACCCUCAAAACCCAGAUGACAACGAGUGAUUGCUAUUGCCGUCCCUGCUGCUGCCUUGUGCUGCCUGUCAUAGUCUCCUUUGAAGUGGGAAGCGUUCUCUCACAUGCAAGUCACACCGUGCUGCUGGUGGCCAGCUUUCCAUACAUUGGCGGUCUCCUGCACAUUUGGAAUGCCUCCAGCAGCUGCCUCUUGGCAUUUGUAUCAUAGUCAUACUGUCAAAGAGUAGCUGAUUUUAGAGUUCUUCUGGAUUAUAAACUGGAAAACUGGUGGAAGCACACAGGUAGAAAGAAUUGAACACAGAAAGGGUCUUCCUUCUCAUCACUGCCUUGCUUGUACUUGAGGCUGACUCUGUGUGCUUGUCAUAGAACGUGUGAGCCUGCUGGUGUCCACAUGGAGAGGGUUAGCCUCUGCAAGCUCUUGCCGUUGCUGGGCCACAGAGCAAUGGCUUUGCCACAACUUGUUUUUCUUGGGACGACAGAGGAAGUAAACUCCAGACAGUUCUGUCCGAACUUCUGAAAUCUGGCUUGUUUCCACUUUCUUUUGUUUAGUUUUGGUUUUGGAAGACUAAUUCAUUAGAGUUGUGUGUUCCGAACAGAUUUUUAAAUAGUAGGUUGGAUUUUUGUGAUAGUGUAAGGAACAAUACUUGUCCCUGAGCUUCCAAACAGAAGCUGCUGUAUGUAACUAAAGGAAUAUGAAAAGACCCCCUGAAGUAGAGGCCUUUAUCUUUUGGUUGCCAUAAUGCCCUGUGUACCAUGUGGCAAACAGUGCAUACAAACAGCAUUCAUGGUGUGCCAUGCUGUGUGCAGCCGGGAAGCACCAGGGUGAGCCGUAAUCUCAAGAGCCUGAGCAGAAAAGAGUGGAGCACUUGGUUAGUUCUGGCUAGCUUUUCAAUGGGUAUACCCCUUUAAGAACUACAGUGAAGUUUAUAGAAUAUUGGAUUCACCACAAAGUCUUGUCAGCCCUUCCUGUCCAGACCCAAGCCUGUCCAGGCAGCUUGAAAGUGGUAGUACUGUCUGUUCUGUUCCACAGCCUCAGUGGAUCAGAACACAGUGCUCCUGAGCAAAGAAAAUGCAGGCUCUGGAACCCUUAGCCCAUAUACCACGACCUAGUAUGUAAGUCAGCUGGUACAAAUGUGUGUCUGAUCCCUUAUCCACACGUGGCAAACCUGAGUUGUAGAACUUUUCUGUAGUAUCCGUUUUCAGCUGAACCCUGACGAGGACAUGCCUCCACACACAACACAGCAGACCCAGAAAUGUAGCAGUGACUUAGUGAAUAGCUCCAGCAUUUACACAACAUCUGCAACUGUGGCCCUGGCUCUGGAGGCUCUUAGGCUGUGAGAACUAGUGGAAUAUAUUCAGGAGACAAAACUAACACAACCACUUGUCCACUAUAUUUAUUUAUUUCUCUUAAAGCGGUGUGUGUGUGUGUGUGUGUGUGUGUGUGUGUGUGUGUGUGUAUGUUGGCACACACCUGGCUCUGGAGGCUCUUAGUGGAAUAUAUUCAGGAGACAAAAACUAAUACAACCAUUUGUCCACUAUAUUUAUUUCUCUUAAAGCCGUGUGUGUGUGUGUGUGUGUGUGUGUGUGUGUGUGUGUGUUGGGCAUGGUGGCACACACCUUUAAUCCCAGCAUUUAGAAAGGCAGAGACAAGCAGGCCUCAGAGUUCAAGGCUAGCCUGGUGUAUGUAGUGUGUUACAGGACAGCCAGGCCUAUAUAGAGAGACUGUUUCAGGAGCUCCCCCUGCCCCCCCCCAAAGUGUGGGGGGGUCCCUACAUAUAUGAAUGUGCAUCACAUAGGUGCAGUGCCUAAGGAGGUCAGAAGAGGGCGGAGGGCGAGGGAUCCUCUGGAACUAAAACUAUGUGGGUGCUAAGAAUUGUGCCUGGGUCCUCUGUAAGAACAGCGAGUGCUCUUAGCCAGAGCCACGUCUUGAGCCCCAACCAUUUCUCUUUAAAUCAGUGCUCCAUCAGGCUGAUAAGUGACAUACUAAAGAAUGUUCAUGUGACAAAAUGGUCCUUUGGGGGUGGUGUCAUGUCUCCCUGUUUGUAGCUUUUCAGAAAAAAAGUGGUAGAGGUCAGCUUCCUGUCCCUGAAAGCUGCCGUUUUUAGCCAGGUCUGUUAAGUGAACCCUAAACCCUGCCUAGAACAAUACUUGCCUUCUGGCUAGUGACCCAGUUCAGCCCUAUGCCUUUUGAUACCUGCACUGGAUACAUGCCUUGUUCACAGAGGACACAAUCCCAAGGAGUCACACCCCAUUGCUGGGGCUUGAACCUCAUGCCUUAUACAUGCUAGAUAAACCCUCUGCCACUGAGUUCCUUUACAUUUUGAAAUGGGAUCUCCAUCAAUUGCCCAUGCUAGGUUCAAAUUUUCCAUCUGAAAUUACAAAGGUUUGAGUCACCACACCCAGCUCUUAAGAUCUUUUGAAACUACAUUUAACUAAAGGGGCUUGGUGCCUUUUGAUUAUAGCAGCUUGCUUGUGCAGGCAGCCAUUUCUGAGAGCAGGGUUUCCCUUCUCAAGUCUGUUGACCAGCAAGACUGCAUGUAGAUUCAGGAUCAAAAUGUCCCAUAAACCUGGAGUUUGGUUUCUGAAAUCAGCUAAUUUGGCCCAUGUAAAUGUUUCUACAGCUCCCUCAGAUCCAAAGCUGGAAAUAAAGACUUAAGUUCAGAACUCUCAAGAUAUGUGCCAAAAGUAGUAAUUUCCUGACUUAAAAGCUCAUCAGUCUCUUAAUUGGGAAAAUUUUCUUUUCGCACUGAUAGAAAGUGUGUCUUGCCUAGGUCCCGCCCCUCUGGGCAGACCCUCGGCCUCAGAGGGGAAUGUGAUCCUGGGCUUUCCUUCUGUGAGCAUCAUGGUUACAUGGUUUGCUCUGCUGUGUUGUAGAGAGUACUGGGUUGACAACUCACUCACUACGGCUGUUGUAUCUGAAAAGGAAACAACUAGGUAGUCAGGGCAUAGACAACUAGACUGCAGUCCUGUUUCCUGGACAGGACCUCCCUUGCAGAAGGCAUCCUUGUCACUUCUGCACUGUUGCUGGGUUGCCAGGGUGCACUGGCUUUGGUCACCCAGAUGCAGAAUCCUCUGCUCACCGGAAGAGACUCUGUACCCUCUCUUGGAGUUGCGCGUCGCUGGCUCUGCGCCAGCCUUCCUCUCCAGCUGUUUACAGACAAGAUGGGCCAGGACUGAUGGCCACUGCUCUUGUAACUUUUGUUCAGAAUAGUGAGUGUUUUUAAGGGAUGAUGUGUUCUUGUUCCAGGUGUUUAUAAUUUAAUCCUUUAAUAUUAUGUUCAUUAACCUCUUAAAAUGAGUGAAACCUUGAUUGUUGUAACACAGUACCUAAGACUAAUGCUCUCUGUGGACUCCUCCCCAUGGGACCAGAGAACCACAUCCCUGGGACUACUGAGAGUCUGGACACUGAGCUGCUUGUAUAUUCUAGAGGAGCAGGAGGACAGUUCUCUGAGACAGGAGGAACAGUGGCCUUGCUUCUAGACGGUCUUCACUGUGUGUUUUAAAACGACAUAAAACUCUUUUGACAUGUAUAACUUAAAGAUCAUAAGCGUCAGGCAAUAAUAUUUUCUGUGUAAGCUUUUAAAAUUAUUUUUGGGGAUCAUAGCUUGUUUUAUUUUGUGCUAUAAAAUUAACAGUAUUAAAUGACUUAUAUUCUUAGAAUACAUUGAGUGUCUUUUCUUAACAGAUUAGUGCCUUUUUAUUUUUGUAUUCCAUUUUACGUUACUGGUCCCAGCAUCAAAACCCUUGUUUCCAUGGCCUGUUUGUACAUUGUCUCAAUAAAACUUGCACCAGCUGGCGGUGGCAGCAG